UAGUAAUAUCUUUAACGGGCUUCUUCAUUUUCAGAAAAUGACCCGAGAAAGAAUAAUUAAACUGACCCCAUUCCAAUAAGUGUUAAAUUGGGCGAACCCGCAAAGCUGCCGAGAAGAUCUUACGUUUUCUUGUGUCUUGUGAUUCCGGGAAUAAUGAUCCGAUUCAUAUUAUUGCAGAACAGACAAGGAAAGACUCGUCUUGCAAAGUACUAUGUUCCUCUCGAGGAGUCUGAGAAACACAAGGUUGAAUACGAGGUCCAUAGAAUGGUGGUCAAUCGCGACUCAAAGUUCACCAAUUUCGUUGAGUUUCGAACGCAUAAGGUUAUAUACAGGAGAUAUGCUGGGUUGUUUUUCUCCUUGUGCGUUGACAUAACAGACAAUGAGUUGGCUUACCUUGAAUGCAUCCACUUGUUCGUUGAGAUUUUGGACCAUUUCUUCAGCAAUGUCUGUGAGCUUGAUUUGGUUUUCAACUUCCACAAGGUGUACUUAAUACUGGAUGAAUUCAUUCUUGCUGGAGAGCUUCAAGAAACAAGCAAGCGGGCGAUCAUUGAGAGGAUGUCAGAACUGGAGAAGCUUGACUGAUGAGAUUAUAUGAUAUUCAAGAAUGAAAAUGAGAGCAGUAGGAGUCUUCCGACUUCCGUUUAGCUCCUUUCUGUUAUGCUCUGUCUACGUUAAACACACACCUUUUUCAUUUUUACUCAUUAAGACCUCUAAUGGUAAACAGAGAACAUAUAUUUGGGCAACUCAAAGAAAGAAUAUGAUUGGUCUGAGA